AGCUCUGCAGAAUCACAGCGAGAUGGAAGCCCCCCUGCAUUGUCUGAUCUUCCUGGUGUGGCCCUGUCUCUUCCAAGCCUGUACUGUGCGCCAGUCGCCCGCUGUCCUCGUCACAUUCAGCGGGGAGGUAGCUCACAUUGUCUGCGUCAUCACCUUAGAUACACUCACAGAGUCACCGCCGGAGAUUUUAUCAUCCGUGUUCCGCCAUGAUGUGCCCGGAACACAACUGGAUGUGCGGAACUUUACUGCCAAAAAUGCAGCGAUAGUGCAACAAAGUCACAGUGUUACAGCGGGCGGACAGCCAGGGGUGUACUACUGCAGAGUGACCUGCGGGGGGCAGCACAGCAAUGGGAGCGGGACCUACAUACAUGUAAGAGAUACUGGCUAUGUAGAACCUGUCAGCGCCUCUAUGAGACUCUGCUCUGGACUCAUCCCUCUGUGUGUUCUCCUAUUGCUCCUGUCUGGCGCGGGGACCUUCCUGGCGGUGCCGUUUUUCAGGAAGGAACAGGAUAAAUCUUCUCCAUGGACCAGAAAGCCCUCCACAGCUGGAGAGAGGUCAGGAGCCAUGGUGCCGGAAGGAGACGGGAGUGGUUCCUUGUACACGAUCCUGGGCCCUCGGUCUGACGAUGUGUAUGGUGUCCUGCAUGAAGAACCACCCAAACCCAUGGACUUGAAACCCCAUACAGACCUUCGUAAUGCCACCAGCCAAAGUCCUGCCAGGGGGCCCAAGCCACAGGUAAGACAAUCCUCUGUACAUGUAAAGGCACCUGGAGGAACCAUGGAUAAGCCACCUCUUGCACAGAAGCCGCAGAAAGUUUUCCAAGAAGCCUCUGUGUAUGAAAACAUCAAUCGCUGACUUACAGACUCCCAGAUACCCGCGUGCUUCCCUGCCUGCUCACUAGGGGGCCUGGUUCUGAGUGUCACGCCGCUGACACCGCAUUGGUGCCUGAUGCUGUAGGUGCGACAGCGAAUUUAUGCUAAUGCUAGUAUCCGCCCUUCCCCUAAUGCGUAACUGUGCACCUGACUAUGCCAGGGCUGGGAACCCCACUUUAUACGUCUUUAGUCGCAGCCAUAUGGGGCACCAGUCUCAUGCUAGGUGCAGAUUCUCCGUCAGAGUAUGGUCUCCAAGAGUUCACAUCUAGUUCACCCGUGACAGUCCCAUACCACACCCAUCUCUGUGAGUCUGGAUGGCCAACUCUCAAUCACCACCCAGGAGAGCCCAGCACGGGGCCUCAUUCCUGUUUGUACGCAAUGGUGAUGUUCUCGCAGUUGCUGAGGACUGCGCAAUGUCUUCAUUGAGCGUCUUUAUCCUUUUUAUGGUGGCAACUUCACUUGUGCUGAUCAGCAGUUCCAUAGCCUGAAAAGUUGCAUCUGCAUACAGUAGUUAUUAGUGUGUAAGCAUGAAUUAAACAGUAAAUAUUGCCAAUUUACAAGAA